GUGAAGGCCCAUGGCCUAGAUCAGUGGCCCACAUUGCACUUUGUGGGUGCGCUGGUCUACCAUCUCCCCAAGUGGGAGAGUGGACGUCAUAAUUUGUGGUAGAGGGGGUACGCGUUCGCGCGGCCCCCGCCAAUCUUAAGGAUUUAAAUUUUGGUCCCUGAACGUCAUGCUACGUAUUGAUUUUUCCCUUGGUUCAAUAGAUUUUCAGUGUAAUAAUUGUAUUCAGUCGUUCUGUAGGGAGGCCCUCGUUUUGGAGAAUUAUAUUGGGCCUAAGUUCCACCCCUCUCUUCCUUGGCCCAACGAGCGUUGGACGGACGGUUGUUGGUAGUUGUUACCGCCGGGCUUGCAGUCUCGCGGCGCAUCGCUCAGCCAGUGAGCGUUCCUAUCCGAUUCCCAUCCGCCGGUUCAUCUCGAGGCCGUCACGCCGGUGUUGCCGCGAUGCUCCUCCUCCCGAGGCAUCCAGUCCUCUCCUCGCCGGCGCUGCCAUCCUCCCCCUCCCCAUCUCCAUCCCGCUUCCGCCCCCUCCCCUGCACCAACGCGUCCACCUCUGCUUCCACCGCCGCACCUGCAGGCGCCUUCUCGGUGGAGGACUACCUCGUGACCAGGUGCAACCUCUACCCCAACGUGGCCGCCCGCGUGGCGCCGGAGCUCUCCGCCAUCAAGUCGCCCUCCAACCCCGACGCCGUACUGGCCUUCCUCGCCUCCGCGCUGGAGCUCUCCCCUCCGCUCGUCGCCGUCGCCGUGGCGCGCGACCCGGCGGUACUCACCUGCAGCGUGCCGAGGACGCUCGCCCCGCGCGCGGCCGAGCUCCGCGCGCUCGGCUUCACCACGUUCCAGAUGGGCCUCCUCAUCGCGCGCUGCGGCGCGGCCGCGUUCCGUUCGCCCGACCUCGUCCCCAGGGUCCAGUUCUGGCUCCCGUACCUCCGCGGCCGCGUCGACAAGCUCGUCGCCGCGCUCAAGGGCAACCCGGGCCUCCUCGCCGCGGACCUCCGGACGGUCAGGCACACCGUCGCGCUGCUCCAGGAGGAAGGCACCCUCACCGACGACGACGUCGGCUGGUUCGCCAUCUCCUACUGCUCCAAGCUGCUCACCGCGAGCCCCGACGAGGUCGACGCCGUCCUGGCCCGCGCCGACGGGUUCGGCGUGCUGCGCAGGACGCGGGCGUUCAAGGACGCGAUCAUCGCGGCGUUCAGCGCGACGCCGGAGCGGCUCGCCUGGAAGGCGGCGUUCUUCAGGGACGAGCUCGGGUGGACGGAGGCGCAGGUGAAGACGGCGGCGGCGAAGAUGCCGACGCUGAUGACGGUCUCCGCGGAGCGGCUGCGGAGGAACUGGGAGUUCCUGAACACGGAGGUGGGCAUGGACGCGGAGCGCGUCGCCAGCUUCCCGGCGCUGCUCAGGUACGACCUGGAGGGGCGGCUCGUGCCGCGGUUCCGGGUGAUGAGGGUGUUGCAGGCGCGGCGGCUGUGGCGCGGCAGGGAUUUCAACAACAUCGCCGCCAUCACGGAGGAGGACUUCGUGGCCAAGUUCAUCAGGCCGUUCCUGGUCAACGUCCCGGACCUGGCCAAGGUUUACGAGGCCGCCAUUGUCAAGAAGGAAGCAGUGAAGCACAGUAGUUGAUGGUGGCCGUUCCUGCUAGACAACUGGAGAGCUGUAAAUCCCUGUGGAUUUCGCAAGAUUUUCCGGCCGGUGUAUGUAACUCCGAUGUAGAGUACAAGUACAGUUCUGAUGAAAAUGAAACGUUUCAUAUGGCUUUGAUGUAAAGAUUAGAUACUACUGGAAUGAAAUUGCUGAUCUGUGUUAAA